UGGUCGCGUAGUGAUGACGUAGCGGAGGGGACGACACCAACGCAAAAUGUCUUUCCGAGCGAAGGAGCCCAGCCCAAACACGAUCACAAUCUCACGGCAACGUCCUCAGAGGGCGGCGUCCCAGUAAGCGCAAAUGUUUAUGAAGUAUUUCGCCAGGCUUUACUCAGCAAUGGCUGGACCCAGGCCUGUGGUGCUGAGCGGCCCAUCCGGGGCGGGCAAAAGCACUCUGCUCAAGAAACUCAUGAAAGAAUACAACGGUGUCUUUGGCUUCAGCGUCUCGCAUACGACGAGAAACCCACGACCUGGAGAGGAGAACGGCAAAGAUUACCAUUACGUCACACGGGAAGCCAUGCAGGCGGCCGUCGAUAAGGGCGAAUUCAUCGAGAGCGCGGAGUUUUCCGGAAACCUCUACGGGACGAGCAGAGCCGCCGUGCAGGCCGUCAAGGCGCGCAACCUCAUUUGCAUACUGGACAUCGAUAUGCAGGGGGUGAAGAAUAUUAAGAAGACUGACCUCAAUCCCAUUUACAUCUCCAUCCAGCCUCCGUCUUUGGAUGUCCUGGAAGCCCGUCUAAGAGCCAGAAAAACAGAGUCCGAAGACAGCCUGCAAAGGCGCUUGCAAGCCGCUAAGGUGGACAUUGAAUUAAGUAAAGAACCCGACAUGUUCGACGUGGUCAUCGUCAAUGACAACUUGGAAGACGCUUACGGGCACUUAAGAGCUGCUCUUCUUGAGGAAAUCAACAUGGUGAAGAAAAUCAACAUGUCUUCAUAGGAAACAGGGCACAGUCCAAGACCACUCACUCCUUACUAACCUAUAGACCUCGUUGUGAACAUUCCGUCCCAAAAAAAAAAAAGUGGUCUGUCUGCAAAAGCCCCGCGAGCGUAUUUCCCCAAAAUUGUAGGUUUACAAGUGUGUUUAAGCAUAGCUAUUAUUUCUAAAGUCAAAUGUUUUCUUUUUUUUAUGACAAGGAGAACUUUUCUCUUUUUUUUAAAUGAUCAUUGACAUUUGUUUUGUAUAGACUUUGCUAUGUGUUGUAUUGUCAGCCUGCUAGGUGACUUGUACCGUACGCAGUCAGCAUCGGUUUUUCUUCAGCCCGGCCUUAAGCGAACUCAUUCCGACACGUUGAUUAACUGGUCUGUCAAGCAAAGUUUCUUUUGGGUACUUGUCCUGGUGUAAUCAGUGCUUCUGAUAGUAAACCAAAAAAACACA